ACAGCUUUCAGAGUGGUUGCACUGAGACAGAGGAAAACCGAGGGAGAAAUUGAGAAAAGAGGGAAAGACUCUAGCCAUCUCCUGCUUCUAGUCCGCUGUCGCCCACCACCUCCUUUGCUUCCUGUCCCUGCUAUGACCCUGUUUAAGAGUGAGCAUCGCAGCCCGAGACACAUAAGCAUGACUGGAGAGCUGAAAUCGAGCCGCCCCAAGGCAGGACCCAAGAGGCCAAGCAGUGCAAUGUACGGAUCUGACUACGACCUAGAGUACGACUGCUACCAGGAUGACUUCUAUGACAGGGUUUACGACUACCAGCGUGUCCCAGCCUCAAUGACCUCUAUCCCACACGGGCCAAGCCUGGCCAAGCGAUCCCGCACCUCCUCUUCCAGCCUGCGCCGUAGCAGAGACAGACUGCCAUCCAAGAGCAGCUCCCGGCCCAGCUCCUCAAGCUCCAGCAGAGCCAAGUUGAAGAUGGAAGAGCUGCAGACAAUAAAGAGGGAACUGACUCUGAUUAAGGUGCAGAUCGAUGGACUCCUGGAGAGUCUGGACAGGAUGGACCGACAGAGGCGGGACCGCACCGGGUCCCCCCCAACGAGGGAGGGCAGCUCAACGGGUUCACCCUAUCACGGACUGGCUAGCAGUCCUGACGGCUCCCCCAGCAACCACAGCCCCCAUCGCCGUGCCCGGAGAGACAGGGAUGCAGGGGAAAGCCCGGAGCUGGGGGAGGCCAGUGAUGAUGACCGCCAUACGAUGAAUCAUCACAGCUCUGAUCUGGAGGACGACAUGUGAGAAUCUACAGCUCAGACUAAACAGGUGCCCAGUGACAGAGCUGAAGUGGGGAGCACUAUACAUGGAGGGGGUGACCAUCACCAGACCAGCAAUUACCAUGGAAACACCUGUCUCCAUCCCCACCCACCCUCGUCCUCACGGGACUCUAGCUAGCCAGUGUCCAUUUGUAAAAAUGUCUACAGAUUCCCUUUGUUUCUCACUCAUGUUGACAUAUUUCUCCCAAAGUUUAGAGGUCAUUUUUUACCAUCACCACCUGUUCACAUAUGUCUUUAUGGUUGCCACUCCUCCACAUUUCCACUCGAGUAGAGUUGUGGCUGUACUCUGCCUGACAAAAAACAUGCCAUCUGUGAUGAUUGUACUGGCAUGACAAUUACAGCUUAUCUUGAGAAAUGAGGUUCGUAUCUCCUACAGAUGUUCCCCCCUGAGAUUAGUGUGCACACACACUCACAGAAACUCACACACAUAUGCACACACAUACACAUCGAUUUUAUCUGUAGAAAGCAAUUAUAAAUCAGAAUAGGAAAGUGAGAUUAUUCUGAUGAUUAUAAUCCUUCUUAGCCCAGGUCACCACAUAUACAGAAUAUGGAAUAAGUCAAUGAAAUAAUCUUGUCAGUUCAAGUUCAUUUGAGCCCUGACGAAUGUAUAUAUAUUUUUUGAUGUUUUGAAGUGAAAGGCUCAGUGCUUUGAACUUUGUGACAAGGCAUGAAAUGUCACCCUGCAGAU